UUGGUUAACGUCAGAUGUCGCUAGUGUUGCUUUUUAUAAAAGUCAUGGCGGAUUUUUUUCUCUAAUUUAUAGAUUUGCCAAUUGGUGGGUAGAUUUAUUCCCCGUAUAGGCGUAGAAAAAAUUAAAUAAUAGCCGAAUUUCGGUACGUACGGUGCUAGAACAGCGACGUGUGUGUUCGACAGAAAAUACCGCCUCAACGAGCCAUCAAUCUCCUCAAGGACAUCCGACAGAUCGUCUUAAAUUUCGGUGGUUCAGAAUUUAUUCAAUUUCGACGUCAAACCGUACGAUAAUUAGAUUAUAACGCCUAUUAUGACGCAAUAGACGUUACUGAGCCCGACGCCAUAGUAUUUUGAAAGUUGUACAGAGCGGGGAUGAGCGACGGAGCGCCGAUGAUGUACCACGGAUCGGGCUACGGGGGCGCCCCGCCGGUGUUCAUGGUGGCGGGGCAGGGCGAGCGGCGGCCGGGCGCGCUGGAGUACCUGCAGUACGUGGGCGCCGCGCCCGCGCCCGCCUCGCCGCGCCGCCCGCCCUCGCCCCGUCGCGCCCAGCACCCGCGACACAGGGACGCCACCGCCUUUGGGUAUGAGUCUGACGACUCCAGCCUCUCCAGCAACGCCUCUGGCUCUAACAAGUCCAGUGAUAAAGGUGAGAAUGUCCCGAACCCUGGUGUGUCCCGGGAGUGGCGCGGGCGCCGGCAGCCGCCGCGGCGCCGCAUCGCUCCGGAGCGGCUGCUUCAUGCCUCCUACCCCUUCCAGGUCAAGUUCACCCCGGACGACCUGCUCAAUGGUUCAAAGUGGGACACACUCUCACAAGAGAUCUGGGACAAGUUUGUGAAGUCCCAGCAGACUGAGGAAACCUUCCGGAAAAAGAUGAACCUGUGGAGAUACCUCUACAUCACUAUCAAGUCGAUCUUCCCCCGCUACGGCCUCUACGUGGUGGGCUCGACCAUGUCGGGGUUCGCGCUGGACUCGUCGGACAUGGACCUGUGCCUGUUCGUGCGCGGGCGCGCGGGCGGCGGCCGCGACCACGCGCUGCUUCACCUGGCUGCUCUGCACCACUAUGUCAGGGCUAUUGACCCAGGCGCAGAGUUAAUCCAGGCCAAGGUCCCGAUCCUGAAGUUCGGCGACGCGCGGCACGGGCUGCAGGUGGACCUGAACUGCAACAACGUGGUGGGCAUCCGCAACACCAACCUGCUGCACUGCUACUCGCGCCUGGACUGGCGCGUGCGUCCGCUGGUGGUGGUGACGAAGCUGUGGGCGGCGGCGCACAACAUCAACGACGCCCGACAGAGGACGCUGUCCUCCUACUCGCUCACUCUCAUGGUCAUACACUUCCUGCAGUGCGGCGUGUCCCCGCCGGUGCUGCCGCUGGUGCCGCCGCGCGGCUGGGACUCCCCCCGCGCGCCGCGCCCCGCCUCACGCGCCUCGCUCGCGGAGCUGUUCCUGCUGCUGCUCAGAUACUAUGCGCAUUUCCCUUACGACAAGAUGGCGGUGUCGGUGCGGUGCGGCGCGGCGGUGCCGGUGGCGCAGUGCCGCGCCGCGCCGCGCGGUGACCCCGCGCAGUGGAAGCUGCUGUGUGUCGAGGAACCGUUCGACCUGACGAACACGGCGCGCUCAGUCUACGACCCGGAGACGUUCGCGCGCAUCGUGGACACGUUCCGCGCGAGCUACCUGCGGCUGGCAGGCGGCCUGCGCCUGCGCGACGCCUGGCCCGAGCCGCGGUGACUGCCGACAGUAACGUAGAUGAUUAUAGACUUGUUAAUGGUUAACGGCGACGUGCACCAAGGAUUUAAAUCUAGAUUUUGUUUUGUUUCACGGGGAAAGACAUCUGACAGAACCUUUAUUACAUUCGAAUAUGGGUAGCUUUUGUUUGUGUCAGAUGAAAUUCCCCGUGGAAUGGAAUAUAGUGUCAAAUCUCGGUUUAAGAAACUAUAUAAAUUUAUGGCAUAAAUCGAGAUUUAACACUAAAUCUAGAUUUAAUAUUUUAGUGCAAGUGGCCCUAAAUAUGCUAGUUCGUUGAUUAAUAUAUAGUACAGAUAGGUAGUACCAAAUAUGAUGGUCGGUGAACAGUUUAACUGUUGGGGUUCUACCUCGGUUGUUGUUUAAAUUUAUUGUAAUAGCAUAUCAUAUGUGAAGCGUAAAUAUUGUGUAAGUUCCUAAAGAAUAUUAUCUCCACUAAUAUUGCUAGUCCACCGUUUCAGGAUUCGUUCGAAACUUAAUAUAUUAAAAGGCUAGAUGUAGAAGAAAUAUUAUAUAAUUGUAAUCUAUGUUAUGUUCUAGGUUAGAUCAAAUGCCACUAUGAAAAUUAUAUGUUUUGCAUUCCAUAGUGCCAUAUUGUCUAAUGUAAUGUUAAUUUUGGUUUCUAGUUUCCAAAUUUUGUGGUCGUACAAAUCUAUUUUCAUAAUUAGAAUUGUGACAUGACAAUAUAAACCUAUUUAGGUAUAAUAGUAGUCUAGCUUUUACAGAGUUUGGAAACUAGACAUUUCAAAAUCCUUUGUUGAAUAUUGUGUAUGUAAUAAAGCAAUAAUUAUUGCUGGGACAAAAAUUCCGUCAAUGUGGAAAGCUUCUGCUUUACUAAUUUUGAUAAAAAUUUAACGUGGCUAUUUCAAUCGCUACAAAAAUGGAGGCAGUCUAUAUUUUGUUUUAAUGAUGUAGCUGCCAUACAGAAGCCGAGUUAUGCUCCGACAGCUGGGCCGCGCGCCGCCGCCGCCGUCGCGCAAACAAUAACUCAUUGCGUCCCCAUUUUUAGUAUUUACAUCGUUUCUAAGGUAUUUAAUGAGCAUGUACAUAGUAAGAAUAAAUAUUGAACAAAGGCAAAAAUACAAAUAAAUAUGAAAAUGUUUUAGUGUGUAUGUUGGUUUUAUGUAAAUAGUAUUUUUGUGAUGAUGAGUAAAGAGUAAAUGACAAAAAUAUAUAUGAAUUAUGUCUGCGUGCCAGAUGAGGAUGUUGUUACAGUAUUAUGCCAGGUAUAGGAGUAUAUAUUAUAUAUUAUUUUAUUAUAUAUAGGGGCGAUUUAUAAACCUUAAUGCAGUUCAUAUAAUUAGUAAAAUUUCUGUGAUACAACGAAAUUGUAAACUAAAAUUUAUUGUUAUACGUUGUGCUUCCUAAUAAUAUUAGAUCAGUGAUUUAUUUAACUGUAAUAUUCUGAGACGAGGCUGGUCGAUGAUUCUGUUUUUAUAUUUAUGUGAUUUAUCGAAAUCCUCAACUUGAUAAUGAGGCUUAUGUGCCAUCUAGUAACAGUUUUCUUAUUUAUAAAACGAACAAGUUGUGCAUUUAGAUCAAACACAAAUAUGAAAAUCAGGUAUUUCCAUAAGACACAAAGUUUAUCAAAUAUAUACCUCUUACAGCCUUAGAUCAGAUUAUCAUUGAUUGUUUAGACUAGAAUUUGCCUUAUUUACAAUCAUAAAUGUUAAUUAGUUAUUGAAGCAAUUUUUUGCAUAUAAUUGAAAGGUUUUUGCCAAAAAUAUGUUGCUCAAUCUUAACAUGAAUGGUGCUAAUAAUAUUUAGUUGCCUUAAACGGAGCUUCCAUAAUAUAAUUUAAAAAUAACUAGGCUAAUUCACCGUUUUUUUUUUGUCGUGUUGCGAUAUCUAAGAGACAUAUCUUAGCCAUGAAGGACUUUCAUCCGUGCCUAACAUUUUAAUGUCCAUUUCUUGGAUAAAUUUUAAGUAUGGAUUACAUAUGUAAUUUCUGAUUAAGUACAUUUUACAAUAGGCUUUUGUCAACUUUUAAAACAUGAACUACUUAUAUAUUUCCCAAAACUUUUAAACUAUAAAAUUAUUUGUGUAUCCAUAAAUUUUAUACAAUUGCCCCCUUUUCCCCCUUAAAUAAAUAUGUAUAAACUGUUGAUAAAUGCACAAGAUAUGUAUGCCUGGCAAUAUUAUUUUUAAAUAUUAUAAUAAGUUUUAUAUCGGGUUUAUAUGUAUAAGAGGCACUCGGCUAUGCUGAAAAAGUACAAUAAAUAUUUUAAAACUAUUAACGUAUUCGUAAGACAAAUAAUUUGUAGAGUACAGUGUCUCAAAACUUUUUAUUUUUGAAAAAGUAUAAAACUUAAUGAUUGAAGCCGACUCUAAAAAAAUAUAUAAAUAAAAGAAAAAAAUAUAAAAACUUUAAAAAAUACAAAAAAAUAAACAAAAAUUAUAAAUUCUGAAAAAAACUUUUUUCUUUGACUUUCUAUCCAAGUCUAAUUUAUCGCAUGUUUUGUUGCUAGCGAGCUCGACCCGGACGUGGGUGCAUUCGUUACUCAAAUUACAUUUACUUGAAGCAGUCGCUCCAAACUUGGCACCAAUUAUAUUUUAUUGUAAAUUACUGGCUAAUUGUUAAUAUAUUGGUGCUAUACUUAAUGUUCAAAGACCACAACACUGCCCCUAUGAUACUAUUAAUAUUAUCGUAACUUUUAUAGGAAUAUUAAGUAUCUCGUAUGUAAGGGGUUGAUUUUCCUCUAGAUGUCCUCAGUUACACCCGCGCCUUCCCACUGCGUACCUGACCAGGGGGGUCACUAUAGAAAACAUAGUCAAGGUUAGCGCGGUGCUCCAAGAUUAUUACGUUACAAAACCAAGAUAAGAGCGCUGCUCCGCUAACAUUUUACGACAUUUUAAACGUACCGUUCGUUCUUCGUAACUACUGUACUAUCGUUCGAUCCUUAUUUGAUGUCUGUAGUGACCCCUGGCGGCCGCUGGGUGGCGCGGGUCGUCUCAAGUCGUAUUUCUCGAGCAUGCUCAGGCGAAUGAAACGCUCAUUUGCCUAAUCACACUCAAGUGGAAAUAAGGCUGAAUAUACGUUACUUUAAACAACAUUGUACCCUUUUGUUAAAACCGUUUGGCAAACAUAAAUUUUAUGUCACCUCGGCAGUUUAUGAAAUAUCUAAUAAUUUAAAACCUACCUAUUCAAAAUUGUACUUAGUUCUGUAUCACUGUUCAAGUUCAAAGAAAAUAAUUUGCAACACGCUGUAACGUGUAAUCGAAAGGCAAUAAAUAAUAUAAAUGUCAUUUUCUAUCUCUAUAAGUAUGUAUAAUAUUGUAAUUAGGAUGUAUGUUUAUGAAUGUGUAAAUACAUGCCCUCAACUUGCCUUCAAGGCUUCAUUUUGUUUUGCUAAGAACGUUUUGUCUAUUUUUGACAAGUUUUCACAAAUGUUGCAUUUUAUUUUGUUGAACGUGAAAACUUUUUAUUGUUAUACAAAGUUUAUUGUAAAGAAAUAUUCUGUAAUAGUUUAUUAUACAAACUGCCCAAA